AUGGCGCCGGCUGCAAAGCGACGCAAACGGACCAUUGUCGACGACUCUGACGAUGCCGAAGACGAGAAGAAGCAGACGAGUCAAAACAAUCAAAACACCCUGAAGCGCUUCCUCAUCGCGUCCCCCGCGACCAAGUCCGCCAAGCUAGACGAUGACAACCUCCUAGAAGUAAUACCCGAAUCUUCCAGUCCCGUUCCACCCGCUACGAGGAGUACCCGCGCUUCAGCAAAAUCCCAACCUCCAGCUACAUCGUCUUCCACCCUCCAGAGCCGACUGCCAAAAGCUGCCCCCAGGAGCCCAAGCGCAAGCCCGAUCAAGUCUCGAACAAGGGCACAGAAGAAACUCAAAACAGAGGAGAAUGGAAAACAAGCGGACCUGAAGGCUCUCUUCUCGAAGCAAGCAGAAAAGAGUCAAGCGUCUGCGGCAUCGGGUGUGAGCAGCAAGGAUAUCAGUGAUUUUCUUGAGGAUAUCAUCAGCGAGUCCGAUGACGACAUUGCUCUGUCUAAGACGGUAGCAUCUAGCUUCGUUGGACUGCAGGCUCAUAGGCGCUUCAAGGACAACUCGCAAGGCACUUCGCAAGGGAGCUCGGCAUUCAGUACCCAGGCUAGCACGUUAAGCUCGACCACGGGACAGCGCUUCUUAAAGCCUUCGAGGCCGGCCAGGCCAGUGGCUGCCGCAGCUGCACCAACCGAUGACGAUUCUCGACCAUGGUCAGAACGAUUCGCACCGACAAACCUGGAGGAGCUGGCGGUACACAAAAGGAAGGUGGGAGAUGUGCGGAAAUGGCUAGAAGAAGUCAUUGCUGGCCGAAUGAGGCAGCGCCUCCUCGUGCUGAAGGGUGCUGCUGGCGCGGGCAAAACGACCACUCUGAAGCUCCUGGCGGAGGACAUGCGCUGUGAGGUUCUUGAAUGGAGAAAUCCAGCAAGUUCAUACGGUGAUCCACGGGGAUGGCAGUCUGCGUCUUCGCAGUUCGAAGAGUUCUUGGGAAGAGGCGGCAAGUUUGGACAGCUGGACCUGGAAGGGGGAGACUCGCCUCCACCGGCACCGGCGCCCACCACCAGCAGCAUACCAAAGCAGGGCCGAAGGCUGAUCCUGAUUGAGGAAUUUCCAAACACCUUCAUGCGAUCAUCCACCGCCUUGACGAACUUCAGGAACACCAUUCUUGAGUUUUUGGCGGCGAACACCCCGUCCCUAGCAUUUGGGCAGGCAGCACCCGCUGAUUCGAUCGUUCCAAUAGUAAUGGUAAUAUCGGAGACGCUGCUCACGACGACGUCUGCUUCCGCGGACAGCUUUACUGCACAUCGAUUGCUAGGUCCUGAAAUUCUGCGACACCCCGGGACAGGUGUCAUCGAGUUCAAUCCCAUUGCGCCAUCUCUUCUGGCCAAAGCCUUGGAGUUGGUAGUGAGGAAGGAGGCUCGGAGGUCGGGCCGCCGAAUGACGCCAGGACCACUAGUGCUCAAACGUCUUGGAGAAAUUGGAGACAUCCGAAAUGCUAUUGUUUCGCUGGAGUUCCUCUGUGUCAAGGGCGAUGAUGACGCCGACUGGGGAUCCAAGAUUGCAUUCACAAAGACCAAAAAGGGUUCAAAGGAUACAGCGCUGACCAAGGGUGAGCAAGAAAGCCUCGAGUUGAUAUCCCAGCGGGAGGCAACCCUAGGUAUCUUCCACGCGGUUGGAAAAGUGGUAUACAACAAGAGGGACGAGAAGCCGUUUCCCCCAGGGUCUGAAGGUGCCAAAGCGGAAACGCUACCUGACUACAUGUCACACCUGUCUAGGCCGAAGAAAUCCGAAGUUGCUGUUGACAUGCUGAUCGAUGAGCUCGGUACCGAUACCCAAACUUUCAUUGCGGCCUUACACGAAAACUACGCCCUGUCGUGCGAAAGCAGUCCCCUCGACCCUAAUUCCUCCCUAGACUACAUGAACGGAUGUCUCGACUACCUAUCCGAAGCCGAUCUUCUUUGUCCAUCCCGGGACAUCUUUUUCGGCGGAAGGGGAGCCUUUGCCGGUGGGGACUAUGGUGGGAAGGACGCGGGCAGUCAUGUACUUCGACAGGAUGAGAUGGCAUUCCAGGUCGCCGUUCGCGGCCUGUUGUUCUCCUUGCCGUCGCCCGUGAAACGGCAGACGCACCCCACGUCGGGUCGCGGGGGAGGAGACGCGUUCAAAAUGUUCUACCCGGCUUACCUCAAGCUGUGGAGAGCCAAAGAAGAGCUGGAAGGGUCUGUCGACAUGUGGGCCACCAAGAUGCUGAAGGGUGAGGACGGCACGACACUAUCGCAUGGCGGCGGCGCAACUAUGAGCUUGACCAGCGGCGCAUCGGCGUUCCAGAGGUCACCUUCGACAGCGAAUCCGAGCAAUAACAGCGUAAACAACUGGGCUUCGACACCAAGGCCUCAACCAACCAGACAUGAACAGACUACCGCUUCAGGCAGUUCCGCCGCGCCUCCUCUCCUCUCACUUGGCUCCUCCGCUCGACAAGAAAUGGUCCUCGAGCGUCUCCCCUACAUGGCCCACAUCGCCCGCCGUCGACGCUGCUCGUUCGGUUCCAUGCGUGUCCAGGACCUAGACAAGAUCGUGUCAUUCCAGGGCAUCGGACCCCCGGCAACAGAGGAGUUGGACGAAGACGAAGCCGCAGGAGCGGACGAGGCUGGGGUGACCGAGAGUUGGGCUACGGAUAAACCAGUAGAGGAACCGACGAGUCACGGGCGAAACAGGAAAGGUCUGGGUGCGAUCCUCAGUCGAGCUGCGGCCGGCAGGGUGCAUGGUAGUUCUAGUGGACAGGGAGAGGAGGGGCUGGAGCUAGGUGGGAUUCAGAGCUUGGUGUUGAGUGAUGAUGAUAUUGAGGAUGAUUGA